AUGGAAAGUUAUUCAGAAGAUGAAAGAAAUUUUCAAACUCCUGAAUAUCUAAAACCCAAAUUUAAUGGUUUAGAAGGAAAAUACAUUCAUUCUACACCAUUAUUUCAAUCUAAUCCUUAUCCAGUAUUUCAUUCAAUGUCAUCAGGUUUUACAGGAUAUAAAGAUAUAUUAACCAAUGAAAAAACAACACCUCUUUAUAUACCAUUAUCAGAUGAAGGAUAUUCAUCAGUUGGAUCUGGUUCAACUCCAACUGGUUUCUCAAAUAAUUUACCGACAUCUGAAUUAAUAAAUCAAUAUAAAGAUUAUGGAUCUGUUGAAUGUAUUCAUAAUUCUAUUAAUCAAAAAGAAAAACUAGAAAUUGUUGCAUUGGAAUUGUUAAAUCAAGCUCGUCUAAUUCCAAAUUAUUCUUGUCAUAGACAUUUACAUAAUAGAAAUAAUUUAGGAAUGAAUGACGAGAAUGAUAAAUCACAACUAUCAUAUUAUAAAGAAUUGAAUGAUAAAUAUCAUUCAUUAUUACAAUCUAAUAUAAAAUAUGGAAAUUAUAAUUAUCCAUCUAUGAUUAACCAAAAUAAUGAAUGUAUUAAUUUAAGUCAACAAGAUUUAAAUUGUACAAAAUUAUUAUCUUCAAUUAAUAUAAACAAUUUACAAUAUCAAAAUAAUAAACAAUCUUUCAAUGAUCAAUUGAAUUAUUCAAAACCAUUUGAAAAGAUUAAUAAAACUAUUAAAAAUGAUAAUAAUAUAGAUACUGAUCAAUCAAUUGAAAGUCGUAAUCAAAUAUGUAAUCAAAUUCUAAAUCAAGUUCGUCGUGAAAUGAUUCGUCUUAUUGAUAAUAGUAUGCAUCAAUUAGAAACAUAUUUACAAAAUUAUCAUUAUAAAGAUUGGUAUAAUUCAUCAACAAUAUUAAAUUAUUGUAAUUCAAUGAAAUCUUUACAAUUAGAUGGUAUACAAGAUUGUAAUGUGACACCACUUAAUUUAAAAUUUACCAAAAAUAAUAAUAAUGAUAUAGAAUUGGAAAAUGUUAACAAUAAUCAAUCUAAUCAGAAUCAAUCAAAUGAAGUAGAGUUUAUUCCUAAUGAUAUUGUAUCAUCUGAACAAAAAUCGGCUAAUUCAAAGUGUACAAUCAUAACAUCAAAAGAAUCAUCCACUUAUUCAACAAGAAUAAAACCAUUACGUUAUACUACUACUACUACUACUACUAAUAAUAAUAAAACACGUCGAUUAAGAAUUCAUCAAUUUAAUAGUCAAUUAUUUGUUGAUAGAAAUCAAACAAGAAAAUUAAAUAAAUUAUCACCAAGUUGUAAUAAACGUCGGUUAAAUAAUGAUAUAGAACAAUUUCCAAAUAAAAUUCCUCAUUUAGAUGAAUCAUUAGAUUUAAGAAUUCAUCAAAAUGAUCAUGAAGAUAAUAAUGAUAAUAAUAAUAAAACAGAUCAAAUUAUUUCAUCAGAUAAUCAUUCAAGUAAUUGUUCUCAAACACGUUUGAAAAGAUCAAUAAUUAAUAGUCAAACUAGAACAGCAACAUUGAGUGCAGCUCAUUUGAAAAAAGCUAAAAUGAUGUUCAUGUAUUCCCGUUAUCCAACAUCAAGUCUAUUGAAGUCAUAUUUUCCAGAAGUUUGUUUUAAUCGUGGAUCUACUGCACAGUUGGUAAAAUGGUUUAGUAAUUUCCGGUAAGCUAUUAUACAAAAAAUAUCUUAAUCGUAAAUAUCUAUACAUGAAUGCACAACACCUCCGAUUGUACAUUGUUCAUAUCAUCGAAUUCACUGUUCUCUAACAUCAGUUGGAGGAUGGAGAAAAAGAGGAAAGAACAUAGUUGAAUCGGUCUGCACAAAGUGGGUGAGAUUUAAUCGUUCCGCAAGUUGCAUGUAUAAAUGUCUUGUUCAUAUUUCGCUUUCGUAUGUAUCUCUUUGUGUACGCUAUUUUGUUAGUUGUGUAGAUGUUAACUAUUAAUUCAGUAUGUGUUGUAUGUAUAAAGAAACGAAGAUAAUUAUUUGUGUGCGUGGUUUACGGUUUAUUUUUCUAUAAUUAUAUGUAAUAGGAAUUUGUAAAAAUUAACAUGCACAUAGUAGAUAAUAUGAGUUUUCAUACCACAAUAUUAAUAUGUAAUGCAACUCAACUAGGAAACACAUAAUCAAGUUUCAUCAUUUUCACUUAGUAAAUAAAUUUUUUAGAAAAUGAACAUUCCUUUGUUAAUACACUACGCCCUAUGGUUUCCUUUCAAUUUGAAAAGUGUAUAGUUUAAGUUAGUAAACAUAUUUCUAACUGGAGAAGAUGGACAUUUCACCAGCUUUAUGUCACCAAGCAUAAUGAUGUCUAAGAUUUUCUAUAGGACUACUUUAAUACAUAUUUAUCAGUAUAAUGUACUAUACCUUGUAAAUUAACCAAAUGAUGAUUUAUUCAUCCAAAUCUUUAAUCUAUCUCCCCUUUUCCUCAUUAUUUUGUGUGUAGAGAGUUUUUUUACAUACAGAUCGAAAAAUUUGUUCGUCAACAAAAAGCAACCGGUUUAAAGAAAGCAGAUGAUAUUAGACUAUCACGUGAACAUGAAUUAAUACGUAGCAUGGAAACACAUUUUAAUAAAGGUGACGAAAUUGAAACUCCGAAAGAAUUUCUUGAGGCUAUUCAAAUUACAGUAUGGGAAUUCGCUGAUGCAAUUUUAAAUGAACGUGAUGUUAAUUCAUCAUGGAAAAAAACUAUUUAUAAAAAGAUUUCUAUAUUAGAUAUACAAUUUCCAGAAUUCUUUAAGUGUUAAUUGUAUUUGUUUAAUAUUUAGAUAUGAUAAUCUAUUUAUAUGUAAGAACAUUUUCUAAACUUCUAAUCUAUUCUUUCAUUGUUUAUUUCAUUUUUCUAUCC